UAUCUUCAGGACUGGUGAGGUUGAAGUUGAGCAAUUGACUCGCCUUGGCACUCUAAGCCUUUUCGGGCUACUCGGGCAGCGAGUUCUCACGGAGUACCUAUCGCUUCCAUCAGGAUUGGAAUCUCCAGAUCCUCUACUAUCCACCACUCCCAUCUCGUUGCCACCCAUAUUCAGUCGUCGAUAUGAGCUUCAUUCAGAGGCGCGCGUUGUCUACUCUUAUUCCACCAAAGGUGUCCUCACCCACUGCAAUCGGCUCAGCCCCAGAUGCUGUGCGUAUGCAGAAGGUGGUGAGCUUUUAUGAGAAGCUCCCCCGAGGACCUGCUCCGGAAGUGAAGGCCAAGGGACUGCUAGGCAGAUAUCAAGCCCGCUAUUUCGGAAAGAACCCUUCAGCAGCCCCACUCGCUCAUCUGAUCGGAGCUCUGAUUGUCCUCGGUUAUGCGCAGAACUACUACUUCCACCUGCGUCACCACAAGAACAACGCUCAUUAGGCCUUUCAUAGCAGAUGGUUUAGUACGAUAAGUGAAGCAGUGUUGUAGAAAAUGGAAGUGUAAAUAAGAUAUAGAUCAU